GUGAGUUGUAAUUCAGUGUUUUUCCCAUCUCUCUCUCUCUCUCUCUCUCUGGUUUUCCUUGGUUGUUGGAGGGAGGCAUCUGUUGGAUUGUGUUUGUGAAUACAAGCUUGUGUACUACUCUUAUAAUCUUUUCUUUGUGUUGCUUAGUGAGAAUUGAGAGUAUUGGAAGAAAAAUGGAUGAUGAAUAUGCUAAGCUUUUCAGGAGGAUGAACCCUCCCAGAGUGGUGAUCGACAACAAUGUUUGUGAGGAUGCGACUGUUAUCCAGGUUGACAGUGUAAACAGACAUGGGAUUCUCCUGGAAGUUGUGCAAGUGCUUACCGAUAUGAACCUUGUAAUAACAAAAGCACACAUCUCAUCUGAUGCUGGAUGGUUCAUGGAUGUGUUUAACGUGAUCGACCAAGAUGGGAACAAAAUCAGAGAUAAAGAAGUCAUUGAUUAUAUUCAACGGAGACUCGAAAGUAAUGCCAGCUUUGCACCCUCAUUGAGAGGGUCUGUUGGGGUAAUGCCUUCGGAAGAGUAUACCUCAAUUGAACUCAGUGGUACCGACAGGCCUGGCUUAUUGUCCGAAGUGUGUGCAGUCCUUGCAGACCUUCACUGCAACGUGGUUAAUGCUGAGAUAUGGACACACAAUGCAAGGGCUGCAGCUGUAGUUCAUGUCACAGAUGAUUCAACUGGGUGUGCAAUUAAAGAUCCAAAACGCCUCUUAACAAUUAAGGAAUUGCUUUGUAAUGUCCUCAAAGGAGAUGAUGACUUGAAGACAGCAAACAUGACCCUUUCACCCCCUGGAGUUACGAAUAGGGGGCGAAGGUUACAUCAGAUUAUGUUGGCUGACAGAGACUACGAAAGAGCCGGAGGAACUGGGGUGGGGAGAAUUGAAAACAAGAGCUCAAGGCCUCAUGUAACGGUUUUUGACUGCAUCCAGAAGGAUUACACUGUGAUUACUAUGAGUUCAAAAGAUCGGCCAAAACUGUUGUUUGACAUCAUUUGCACUUUGACUGACAUGCAGUAUGUAGUGUUUCAUGGAUUGGUCGAAACGGGGAGGAUGGAAGCUUAUCAGGAGUUUUAUAUUCGACAUGUUGAUGGGUUCCCUAUAAGUUCAGAAGCUGAGCGAGAACGUGUUGCACAGUGCCUUGAGGCUGCCAUUGAAAGGCGGGCAUUUGAGGGAUUGGAGCUUGAAUUGUGCACAGAAGAUCGGCUUGGACUCCUCUCUGAUAUAACCAGGAUAUUCCGGGAGAACAGUCUAUGCAUUAAAAGGGCAGAAAUCUCGACAAAAGGUGGAAAAGCCAAAGACACUUUCUAUGUCACGGAUGUCACCGGUAAACCCGUUGACCCCAAGAUUAUAGAUUCCCUUAGCAGACAGAUAGGCCACAAGAUAUUGACAGUUAAACAUAAUUCAAGUACUUCACCAAAGGCCUCUCAAGGAACUACAAUGGGAUUCCUAUUUGGGAAUUUGUUUAAAGCUCGAAGUUUCCAAAACUUCAAAUUGAUCAGAUCCUGCUCUUAAUAUCUUCAUGUAUAUUCUCAGAGGUAGAAACUGUACAGACAUAUCAGAAUGGUGCAGCCUUAGUUUCAGCUCCCAAUAAAUGGAUUGGAAACGCAACAAUGUGAGGAAGCCGGACUUCUUGUUCUUGAGGAGGCUGAUACGUACCCUUCAGAAGAAACCGCUAAACCACUUUAUACUGUAAAUGGUAUUGGUGGGGUUUGUAUAUUAAUUCUUAAAGUACAUCAAGUAUUGUACAGUGUUAUGUUACAUUGGUUGUACAAAGAUAUAAAAGACCAUAUAGAUAAUGGAGCUCAAUGACAAAAGUAAUGUAAAUUUUAGUGUACAA